AUGGUUGUCCCUAAGGCUAAAGUACCGGAUGUUCUACAGCUGUACCAUAGUGGUUCUUCAGGGGGCUACCUGGGAGUUAAACGAACUCUACUGAAGAUCCGAGAACGGUUUUACUGGGUCCACUGUCGUGACGGUGUCGAGGACUGGUGCCGCAAAUGUACAAGUUGUGCGGCUGUAAAGGGACCUCAAAUUCGUUGUAGAGGGGCAUUGAAAUUGUACAAUGUUGGUGCACCAUGGGAGAGGAUAGCCAUUGACGUUGCGGGGCCGUUUCCGGAAAGUGAAAGUGGUAACAAGUAUUUCAUGGUUGUGAUGGAUUACUUCACUAAGUGCCCAGAAGUCUUCGCCAUUCCAAAUCAAGAAGCUUCAACAGUUGCAGAUAAACUAGUUCAUGAAGUCUUCUAUCGUUUUGGAGUACCUUUAGAGAUUCACAGCGAUCAAGGAAGGAAUUUUGAGGCUCAAAUAAUCCAGGAAACUUGCCGAGUUAUGGGUACUCAUAAAACACGAACAACUUCUUACCACCCACAAUCUGAUGGAAUGGUAGAACGAUUUAAUCAGACAUUGGAGAGGUACCUAGCAAAAGUUGUGGAAAAACGGCAAUGA